AUGUCGAACCGAUUUGAUCGCUUUGAGCGGCUCUUUGCUUACAAGCGCAAGGGCUCGCUCCCUACCGUCGUCACCUGCGAGCCUCAACCGCCAAGCCCUACUGUCCGUCUUUCGGAGCUCGAUCAGCAAUUUCCUUCGCCGUCCUUCAUCCGCCCUAAGAAACUCCGGAUGUGUGCACGAGACGAAAUUCGCCUCAGGGAAGUCACCGGCCGCUCUCCUUCCGUUCCAGACAUCUUCACUUCGCAAGGCUCCAUCCGCGGCCACUCUCGGGAGAACGGCUCGAUUGGCAGCGCGUGCUCCCGAAACGGACCGGUCCGCUCGCCUUCUCUUAACAGUAGAAGACAACACCGCCUAGUCACCGGCCUCCGCGAUUUUCAAUUUCCCAAGCCAACUUUCCAAAACGGCCAAAUCUCUCCCCAGUCCUCCACCUUCAGCGACAAGUCGAGUGAAGCCCCUCGCAUUCCCAGCCCACGAUCACGCUCACCUCUUCACAUGGAUAUUCCUCCAUAUAGAAUCGACACGCCCCCCUCGUCGGACCCCGAGGAUAACACCAGCUCUUCCGAGCCGUGGCGCACAAAGAAGUUGCCCGAACUUCCUCACCGAGCUCCGCCAACACCCGACGAGUCUCCCCAGCUCGGACCGUUGCCCGAUCCACCGCGCCCGCCUCAACUUCGCCAUUCUCAAUCUACAGGUGCUCUGGAAAAGAUGAUGUUCAGUGACAUCAACUUGGACUUUGGUGACGCUCUCGAAGAUGUGCCCAUGCGCAGAUCCAAUAGUGAGCACAGCCUUGCACCAUCAGAAGCUCCAUCAACCGCGAGCUCUGUUCUCCGCGAGCCUGAUGUCAACGAGUUCCUCAGCCUGAGUGAUGAUGACAUUGCUGAAGACGCCGAAGAGGAGCUUGCCACUCUUGAAGCUGAAACGCAAAUCGCACCCUCUCUGCGGCCGCUUGCUACCACCCUGCUCACCCUUACUCCGCCCCGAGCAAGCCAACCCGCCACAGCUGCGGCUUAUGUCGCGGCCAGAAUCGCCAAAAGUUACGACUUUGACCUUGUUUACAUCGUCAAUCUUUGGCCUGGUCCGAUGGAGUCGAAUGGCGAGCGUCCGUUGAUUGGACGUCUCCUUGCCGCCCACGGCCUACACCACGUUCCCUCUCCUCUCCAAAUAUCCUCCCUGGUUCACACCACCAUUUUACGCUCUGAUGGCUGGAUUGAGUACCGGAACGCUGAUGCUCGGCCGCACGAUCUGGCCCGCGGCUAUGCCAGUGCCUUUUACACGGGCCAGUAUGCCAGGAGCCUAUCUGGAAACACGUCUACUCCUGUUUCUGGCGUCCGCCUGUCCGAGCAGAUUGACCGUGGCAUUGUCUUUGCCGCCUACCGCAAGCCCCGCCCAGGCAACGACCGUCUCGGCCAUUCUUUUGAUGAUAAGGAGCUUGGUGAGCUUCACCGAGAGGCAGAGAGCCUCGUGGAGAUGCUGAUCGAUAUUCACGUCACCAACCGCCUUCGUCAGCCACGUACCAGCUCUCGCACCACCGAGGAGACUGGUCCCAUGCCAUUGCAGCAACUCGUUGCGGCAUAG